AUGCAGUGGAGUCUGUGUCAGCUUUCUCCUCUGAUUCUCUCUAUAUGCUCGCUGGCUUUAACAGCACUUCAGACCACGGCUACAGCAUGCAGGGAGCUUGAGGCAUUGCCUUCCCAGAGAAGGAGCAGCAGAGAUGUUAAUUCUCCAACUCCUGUCGACUGUCAGCUGAGCCAGUGGUCAGAAUGGACUGAUUGCUUUCCUUGCCAAGAGAAAAAACACCGGUCCCGGAGGCUGGUACAGCCAGCGGGGUUCACAGGGCAGCGAUGCACUGGCCACCUCUGGGACGAGCAAGCUUGCCAUGCCGAGACGAUGUGUACUGGACCCCCCAGCUGCGGGAAGGACUUUCAGUGUGAGGAAACAGGUCGCUGUAUUAAACGGCAUCUUGUGUGCAACGGAGAGCAAGACUGCAGAGAUGGGUCUGAUGAGGAUAACUGUGAGGAUGAAGAUAUUGAAAGCCCUUGUGAACAUCUGUUUCCAGUCCCAGGGUCUGAAAAAGCAACCCAAGGAUACAAUAUCCUAACACGGAAGGAGACCCAGUACGUAUAUGAUCGUAAAUUUUUUGGAGGCCACUGUGACUAUGUCUACAAUGGAGAGUGGCGGGAGCUGAAGUACGACACUGCAUGUGAACGUCUGUACUACAGAGAUGAUGAGAAGUAUUUCCGCAAACCUUACAACUUUCACGUAUACCAAUUCCUAGCUCAUGCUGAUUCUGGAUUAACUUUUGAGCUUUAUGAGGAUGCAAAGGAUCUGCUUAAUGCCCUUAAAAGUGAUAAAUCUGGAUCAAUAGGCUUCACCUUUGGAAUUGGGCCUGCAAAAUUACCUAUCAUGGUUAACUUGGGCCUCACUUUAUCAGGUGGCAUAGGAUCCCUGAAGAAUUUCACGCAAUACGCUGCAAAGAAGGUUGGAUUCAUUAGAGGUGUGACAAAGGUACAGACAGCUCGUUUCAAGAUGAGGAGGGACAACAUCGUUUUGGAUGAAGAUGUGCUGCUCUCCCUGCAGGAACUUCCAGACACCUACAACUAUGGCAUGUAUGCCAAAUUCAUCAACGACUAUGGCACCCAUUUCAUGACAUCCGGCACUAUGGGAGGUGUCUUUGAGUACAUCGCCGUCAUUAACAAGGAAGAAAUGAGAAGAAAAGAUAUCAGUGCCCAAGAGAUAAAUGUCUGUAUUGGCUUGUCAGUUGGCCUUUCAUUCACCAAGAGUAAACUGCUUUUCGAACCAUCUGUGUCAGCCUCUGACUGUAUACAUAAAGGAUUGCUGAAAACUGUCAACUUUUCAGAUCCUGAAAGCCACAGUGCAGUUGUGGAAGAUAUUAUUCCCCGGAUUAGAGGUGGAGAUACCAGUUACAGCGGAGGGCUCUUAAACAGCUGGGAUGCCAAUAUGUAUCGUCGCUGGGGAAGGUCAUUAAAAUAUAAUCCUGCUGUUAUUGAUUUUGAGCUGCAGCCCAUCCAUGAAAUUCUCCGCAGAAGCAACCUUGGUGACAUGGAAACCAAAUGGCAAAACCUGAAACGGGCUUUGGACGAUUACUUGUUGGAGUUCAAUGCCUGCCGCUGUGAACCAUGCCUCAACAACGGUGAACCCAUUUUGGUAGGAGAUGCAUGUUCCUGCCAGUGUCAACCAGGUUAUGAAGGCCCUGCCUGUGAGAAGACUAAGCUCCGAGGUAAGACCCUGACGAACGGGCGCUGGAGCUGCUGGUCACAAUGGGCUCCCUGCCAGUCGGGCACAAUGCAGCGCAGCCGGCAGUGCAACAACCCAGCCCCGCAGGGUGGUGGGGAGCCCUGCACAGGGAGGCACCUGCAGAGCAAAGCCUGCUGA